CUUUAAUUUAAUGUUCAAUCCUGCCAAUCUAAUUAAGUAUCUAUAUAAAGACCUCAUGUUUCGAGGUAAUAUUGUCGGAAAAAUCAUUUUCAUUAUACAUCUUUGCAAGAGAAGUUUGUGGCUGCAAUUUUCAGUAAGUAUAAGGUUGCAAGAUGAGUGAUAAUGGGAAGAGUCAACAAAAUCCAAGUGAAGAGCCUAAUGUUAGCAAGAUGAGUGAUAGUGGGAAGAUGGGUGAAUUCGAAAAUGCCUUGAAGAAGGAUGGCGACGAAGGGCUCAAGGACGCUUUCCACGUCCUCUGCCCCCGUGAAGAUGGACAAUGUACCCUUGAAUACGGCCAUCUUCAGCGUGCAGUCAAUGCUCGAGGUUCGGAAAUCACAGAGGAAAAAGCCAAGGAGAUUAUUCAAGAAUUCAAUCAACAAGGCUUGUUUAGUUGUGAAGGCUUUGUCUACAUUGUCAAAGCCAUCGUCGCGGUGAAAAACAAUGGCCUCGAGAAAGCUUUCGAUAUCCUCAGCAAAGAUGGCCUAGUUGGUGUCAAAGAUGUUCAACUCACUGCUAUUCUUCGAAAUGUCAAACACCAAAAUGCCAAAGAGAUGAUAGGCCAAGUUAAUAAACCUAAAGGCUUAUUUAAUUGCAAGGAGUUCCUUCAGAUUAUCAAGAUGUUGGAGGAGCCCAUUGAACAAGAUGAGACGAAUGCAAUACACAAAAAAUUGUGUGGAAUGGAUAAGCAACAAACUAUGAUUUUGUAUGGUAAAGCAGGAGUUGGGAAAACAUGGUUGGCAAGAGAAGUAGCAAAUACUGCAGUGAGAAAGCGCGAUUUUGAUUACGCCAUUUGGGUGUACCUCAACAGGAUUUACAAUGAUGAUGCUAGCCUUCAAGAGAGCAUUGCUUAUCAGCUGUCUGUGCUUUCUGAUUACGAGGAUGAGGUGGAGAAGGCCAAGGCUGAAGAAGAGGAGGCCAAGAAGAAGGCCAAUGCUGAGAACGCGGAGGAGGAGAAGGAGGCCAAGGCUGAGAACGCGGAGGAGAAGAAGAAGAGCACUGUGGCCAUGAAAAAAAAGGGGGUGAGUGAUAAGGAAGUCAAGAGUAUUGAGCAAUGGAUCGUUGAGAAGGUCAAGGAUAGGAAGAUUCUUUUUGUGUUGGAUGAUGAUGGGAGUAGAAUGAAAGGAGAGGUCGUCGAUGAUGCUAGAAAACAGAAUUUUGCUUUGGAGUUAUCUGCUGGAGAAAAGGUGGUGAGAGUGAAGUUAGGUGCCUUGGCAGCUUACAGUGUUAUGAAAACUGUAAGAGAUGAUGAUGAUAAGCAUGAGACAGGGGAGGAUGUGGUGGUGCUGAAGCCUUUCAGCUGGGAGAGAUCCAUGAAGUUGGCUGAUCGAGCAAUGAAGGCGGAAAGAGUUGAAGAAGUUGGAGAUUUACUUCGUUAUUUCAUGUUUAGGAGCGAGAGGCUUCCCUCUCAGAUUCUCUUGAUAAGCAGAAUCGUGAGCUAUCUCGGUAGGAAGGGCGAGCCGGGAUUGCAGAAGUUGAGAGACGAUAGAGCUACGAUCAAGAACGAAGAGAAAGAUGUCAUGUUGUUGGAUGUGUUGAUUAAACGAUACGAGGAGAGGCUUCCCAAGAGCGUCCUGAUCGACUGCUAUGGGCCCGACACGCCUGAGAACCACUUCAUGUAUCGACACAGGCCAGUCAACUUCAAUGAGCUCAUCUGCUACUGGAUCAUGGAGGGCCAUCUCGGCCCCUUUGACCGUGUCCAUGAGGCCUACCACAAGGGCCAUCGUGUCUUCAUGGAGCUCAUGGACUGCGGCCUCCUGCAGAAGCAGGAGGCCCACUUCAUUGCACCCAGCUGUGCAACCACAUUCAAAUUCCACAUCCAUGACUACGAGGAAUUCUUCAGUGGCGUCCGCCCUGGGAUUGGUGUCACGUUCGACAUGAGCCUAGGGAUGGUCGCGCUCGGAGAUGGAAUGAUCAGAACAAUAAGCAACACCAACACCAAACUCGACAAACAAGUUAUAUCAGCAUUGCUCCUCUUUGGCAACCGCAUUGGUGAAGAGGAAUGCCCCACGGAGAACUUGUUGGAGCACAAGGAAAGAGUGGAGAUACUCGCCCUCUCCGAUCCUACUAGCCAGCACUUCAAGCUUCCCAUUCUUGAAAUGGAGAAGCUCCGCCUCCUGGCCCUCCGAGGCUGCCAGUUUCUUCCCAGCCUCGAGCCUUUUCUUGUGAGGAAACCUGACAAGAAACCCGACGAAGAGGAGGGAGAAUCUCCUCAGAAAAGUGACACACAGACUCCUCAAGAAUUGGUUACUAGGAAGCUUCAAGGGCUCAUAGUUCUUGAGAUAUCUGGUCCCAAUACACAGAUAAAUGAUAUACCAGAUAAGCUCUUUACCCUCAUGCCUAAUCUCAAAACAGUAAACUUGUCUCAUCUUGGCCAAGUCAAGACACUGCCUACGUCUUUCUACUCCCUAACUCAAAUUGAGUUCCUCGUCCUCAGAGGCUGUGAGAGCCUACAAGAGUUGGGGAGCCUCAAAGAGUUCAAAGAUCUGAAGAUUCUAGACGUUUCCGGCUCCACCUCGUUCGAGAAGUUUGAGGACAAGAGCCUCCACACCAACACAAAGCUCCAAAUACUUAACCUCUCCAAGACCAACCUCAAGACACUCCCUCUAAUCAACCAGCUCAAGUUCCUCAAAUUUGUGUGGCUUAAAGGCUGCCCAAACUUGCCGAGGAUACGCAAGCUCGACAAAAUGCAAAAUCUUGAGAUAUUUGACAUUUCAGGAGCUGCAGAGGUGGAACGCUUCUGCGAUCCGUCCUUGGAAGAUCUCAUGAACCUUGUGACCAUUAAUAUCUCAAACACAAAGAUCAGACGGCUGCCUGCCAACUUGGGCGAUCCCACAUAUCUGUAUGCAAGAAAUUGCCUCAGGAUCAAAGUAGUGCCACCAGUGGAAGGACUCAAGAAACUCCAAGAGCUAGAUCUCUCGGGAUGUAUUAAUCUGACAAAGGUCAGACAAGAGUUCUUCAAAGAUGUGAAGCUCCUCAGAAGUCUAAAUCUCUCAGGAACGAAUGUCCGGGAACUCCCCUUCCUUGAUAACGACCGUAGCUCUCUUCGUGUUUUGUUGUUGUCUGGAUGCAAGCUCUUGGAGAAGGUUGGCAGUUUGAAGUGCCUGAAAGAGCUGGAGCGUCUUGAUCUUUCGGGUUGUGAGAAAGUGAUGGAGUUGGAAGCGGGAACGUUCGACGAAAUGAAACACCUCGAGCAUCUUAACCUGUCCGGAACAGGCAUCGGGAAGCCAACGCCGAUGCCAUCACUGUCUAAACUCGAGAAUCUGAAAGAACUUCAUGUGAGGGAGUGUCGUAAUCUGAAGAAGUUGCCGGAAGUGGAACAAGUUUCAAAGCUUCAGCUUCUGGAUUGUUCUGGAACUGUUCUAGAAACACAACCUUGCUACAGCAAUGAUCAUCCUCGACCAUCAGACUUAAAUUUAGUUGGAGGUGGUGUAGAAAGCAUCGAUAGAGUUGAGCUGUUGAGGAAGCUAGGUGCGGAGCAGGGUGGUGUUGAAAGUGAAAAAUUGUUAUUCAAACAAGAAGAAGUGAGCCAGAGCAAUUGGAACAUGCGAAUUGGAUCUGCAACGACGCCUAUCUAUGGAGUCCAUUUCAUUCGCCUGUUGAAGGAAAAUCCAUCGUUUCUAAUGGAGAAUUUGAGUAAAUUCUGUUUCCUGGUUUAUCCCUCGGAGGUAGAGGUCAAAAUGCAGGGCAGAUUUAGCAAGGAAUCCUACGGGGAUGAGGUGAGUUUGAGGGAGAUCUAUUUGGAGAAAGUUUGUGGAGAGACGAUGGAGAGAUGUUUGGAGAUCCGAGAAUUCAAGAAGCUUCCACAAAGUGUAGAUCCUCUAAUAGAGCAAGCUCAGUUGGUGGUGCUGGUGGAUGUUCCGUUUUUGGUGUCGUUGCUUGAUUUGCGCAGCAUGCCUAUGAAGGCGUGUUGGAUUGAGAGAUGCAGUGAGUUCAAGUUUGUCUUUGCUGCUCCAGAGAAAAAGGAAGAGGAGGGGAAAGGUGAAGAAGGCCAGCAGCCGAAGAAUGGUGAGUUGAAGAAAGGUUUAGGCGAUUCUCCGGAGAAAGCAAAAGAGAAAAAUUCUGCGGAUGGAAAAUCUGGAGCGUCGGCUAAGGCCCAAGGCAAUGAAGCUGGAAAAGGCCAAGCCGAUCAACCUGCAGAGGAAAAAUCAGGUGGCGAUGAUUCUAAGAAUGAAAAUUUGGGUGUGUCUGCUAAAGGCAAAGACGAUGAGCAUGAGAAAUCAGGAGAUACUGACAAAAUCGAAGGCAACCAACCUGAGAACGCUGCUGCAGAUAAUUCAAAAGACAAAGGCGAUCAACAGAAGAAUGAAAAUUCUGGAGAUGUAGCCGAUCAGAAGAAUCCUGCUGCUGAAGAUACAGCAAAAAUCGGAGUCGAUGAGAAGAAGAAUGAUGCAGAUGCAGAAAACCCUGAGAAUGAAAACGCUGCAAAUGACAAAGGCGAUCAACAGAAAAAUGAAAAAUCUGGAGAUCUAGCCGAUCAGAAGAAUCCUACGGCUGAGGAUACACCAAAAAUCGGAGGCGAUGAGAAGAAGAAUGAAGCAGAUGCAGAUGGAAAAUCAGGAGAUGCAGAAAAACCUGAGAAUGAAACCGCUGCAAAAGAUAAAGGCGAUCAACAUGAAAAAUUUGAAGAUCUAAUCGAUCAGAAGAAUCCUACGGCUGAGGAUACAACAAAAAUCGGAGGCAACAAACCUGAGGAUGACAAAGGCGAUCAACAGAAGAAUGAAAAAUCUGGAGAUCUAGCGGAUCAGAAGAAUUCCGCUGCUGAAAAUACAACAAAAAUCGGAGGCGGUGAGAAGAAGAAUGAUGCAGAUGCAGCCAAUAACCAAGGCAAUCAGCAGAAGAAUGGUGCAGGAGAUGCAGAUACAUCAAAAAUUGGAGGCGAUGAGCAGAAAACUAGUGUUGCAGAUGCGGCAGCGAAGAAUGAGAGGGAUCCAGCGAAGAAUCCUGCUGAAGAGCUGGAGACUCUGUGGAUUUCUCAUGUUUUAAAUAUGGAGAGUAUAUGCAAAGGCGACAUCGAAAGCGUGACUUUCAAAUCACUCAAAACGCUAUAUCUCGAAUACUGCCCAAACCUCUCCGAGAUAUGCUCCUCAUCUCUGCAAUUGGAAAACCUCAAAACUCUCUACAUCAAAUACUGCCACAAGCUUGUCAAACUUUUUGCAGAUGAAAAUCCUUCCAAGAUGAAGAAUCUAAGCCACCUGCAUCUAUGGGGGCUCGACAAGCUGCAGAAGAUCAACUGCCAGACGCCUUCGCUGGCAGAGCUUCGAGUCGGGGAAUGCCCCUUGCUUGAGUACGUGAUUGCCACACCCACAGCAACAGAUCCAGAAGCAGAAAACGAGCGCCACGAUAACCUGAAGACCCUCAGCAUCAAGUCAUGUGAUAGUCUGGAGUCCAUCUUUGAAGGUCAUCAGUUUGCGGUCUUGGAUAGCCUAACCGAGCUGGAGCUGUGCGGGUUGCCCAAGCUGGAGAAAGUUGCCAUGCAGGCGCAAAGCCUCCUCGUCUUGAGAGUCGAGGACUGCCCCUCUUUGACCACCCUAGAUGCUGCAAAUGGAACCCGUGGUCUCGAGACGUUGGAGGUGAAAACAUGUGAGAAACUGGAUAGCAUCCCUGUAUAUGCUGGAUCCAAUUUAAAGAAGAUCAAGUUGUUGGGGUUGCCUCAGCUAGAGAAAGUUGAAGCUAAGCUGCCCAAAAAUGAAAGUGAUGUGAUUUGGGCUUGCCCCAAACUAAACCACUCUGAGGCUUUUGAAGAAUAAUGAGUUGUGUGCAAUAGGUAAUGUCAAAAUAAAUGAAAAACAUGUUUCCAUGUAUUUUUCUGUGUUUGUGUGCUAUUCAAGUAUUGUAUGCAAAAGUUGUAGUUGUUGUUUACUAAUAACUUUAUCCAGUAUAUGGUGUGGCAGAAACAAGACAUGGUUUCUUAAGCACAGAUUUACUAUUA